AAACAUUAUCAGAAGGCCUGGGAUGAAGCCAAAGCAAAAAGCUAUGACCUGAGAGCUGAUGCCAUUCCCAUCAAACAAGCCAAGGCCUCCAGAGACAUUGCCAGUGAGUACAAGUACAAAGAAACCCACGAGAAGCAGAAAGGCCACUACAUCGGGUGCCCCAGCGCCAAGGAGGACCCCAAGCUGGCGUGGGCCGCGCGCGCCAUGGCCCUGCAGAACGACCGCCUCUACAAGAAGGCCUACAAUGAUUCCAAGACCCAGAUCCACAUCCCUGUGGAUGCCCUGUCAGUGCAGGCAGCCAAGGAGUGCCAGACCCUGGUCAGUGACGUUGACUACAGGCAGUACCUGCACCAGUGGACCUGCCUUCCUGACCAGAAUGAUGUGAUCCACGCGCGGCAGGCCUACGACCUCCAGAGCGACGCUGUGUACAAGUCAGACCUAGAGUGGCUCCGUGGAAUUGGCUGGUUGCCCAACGAUUCUCCAGAAAUUAAGAGGGUGAAGAAUGCCCAGGAUCUCCUGAGUGACAACGUGUAUCGGACCCCCAUUGACAGUGUGAAAUACACCAGUGUUGUGGAUUCCCCAGAUGUUGUUCUGGCCAAAACCAACGCUGAACAGAUCAGCAUUCCAAAAUAUAAAGAAGCCUGGGAAAAGGACAAGACUAUGAUCCACAUCAUGCCAGACACACCUGAAAUUAACCUAGCCAAGGCUAAUGCUGUUAAUUACAGCCAG